AUGACCCGGAAGGUGUUCACCAACACGCGCGAGCGGUGGCGCCAGCACAAUGUCAACAGCGCCUUCUCGGAACUGCGCAAACUCAUCCCAACACACCCGCCCGAGAAGAAACUGAGCAAAAACGAGAUCCUGCGGCUAGCCAUGCGCUACAUCGAAUUCCUGGCUCGCCUCCUGGAGAGUCAGGGCGGUGCCACUGCUGGGCGGUCCGCUCACCCGCAUGCCCCCGCUGCCCUCCUCACGCUCCUACGUGGGAAUAUGGAACAGCUGCGCUCGCCGUCACGCCCUUGGACGCCGGCCAGCGACACCGAAGCGCCGUCCUCACCCGGGUCUAGCUGCGGCGGCUCUGAGCCCUGGUAG